AUGGGAGCAGACGGUGGUGAUGAGCCCAUAGUUCACUUUGUACUCGUUCAUGGAGCUAGCCACGGUGCUUGGUAUUUUAAAGAUGUCUGGGAGAAGACGAUGACAUAUGGGAGUUUACAUACGGAUGUAAUUUUGGCAUCUAAGCUGUUGCGACCUUGUCCGGUAAGGGCUUUGCGUUGUAUUGAUAAGCUGCCUCCAAACACUGAAGCGGAGAAAGUUCCUAGAGUUUACAUUAACACUGCUAAAGAUAACCUAUGUGACCCUAUACUCCAAGACCGUAUGGUGGAGAAGUGGCCACCAUCUCAGUUUUAUACAUUGGAGAAGAGUGACCAUUCUGCUUUCUUCUCUAUCCCAACUACCUUGUUCAUUUACCUCUGUGCUCUAUUUUCUCUUCAACUAUAA